AAUGAUCUGUUUGAAGAAGAUAACUUUUUGGAUCUGAAUAUCCUGAUUUCUCAAGAAGCUAAUACUAGUUCACCUCAAAAUAAUACUAGUUCACCCCAAAAUAAUUAUGCAUUAAGAAGGAAGCAUUCAGCAAUUUGGCCUUAUUUUGAUACUAAUAUUAAUACCCAUCCUGGUGUACCUGUAUGUCGACAGUAUGAUACUGUUUUCUCAAGUACCACUGGAGUUUCAACUUUAAUUCCAAGAACUAAUCCAUAUAAUGAAGAAGAACAAAAGAAAAGAGAUAAAAAACUAAUUACCUGGGUUAUUGCUGAUUAA